GGGAUUAAAUCUUCUUCAGUGUAUAUGUUUUGUGAGGUCAACACUGGUUAUAUGUCAAUUUGAAAAUGCAAUGCAAUAGCAAUACAAAAUUGUGAUUGUGCUUGUGGCGGCGAAGAAACCGGCUUGAACUUUUCAUUUUUAGCAUUUUACUCUGCAAGAACCCUUGAGUCAUUGAUUUUAUUACACUAUAAGAUGUCAGCAUUCCAUACCAUCAAGCAGUUAGAAGAGCGAAACGUUCCAAAUGAAAUUAAUUUCAUGGUUUGGAGCGAUAAGAUGGAUCUCGUUGCAUUUUCUAACAUAAAAGGCGAGGUAGCGCUCCACAGGCUAACCUGGUCACGAGCUUGGUCCUUAAGUCCCCCUAAAGAUGGACUGACAGUCAACUGUAUGGGUUGGAGGCCCGAUGGAAAAGUUUUAGCUAUAGCAUAUAGCUGUGGAAGAAUACAGUUAGUGGGCGUUGAAAAUAAAAAGAUUUUGAAUAUACAAGAUAUAAAAGCCAAUAUCACAUGCCUUACUUGGGUACAAGAGAAAUUAGAACCUCCCCCUAAGGACAACUUCAAUUUCAAGGACGGUAAACCAAAUAAUUAUAUGAAGCACAUUGAUAUGUCCAGACUGUAUCUGCGUGAUCCUACUUUGUCAUCCGUAUUGAACAGCAGUCAGUCAGAAGAUCAGAAAGAAGCUUAUUUUCUUCAAGAACAAACUGAACUGAAUUUGCUGCUGAUAGGAACAAAAGAAGGCAUGGUUCACGUGCGAAUUUUUGGCUGCUUUACAUGCUGCAUUUUGGAUAUGUGUGAAUACUUAGGAAUAUCUUGUUCCGUUGAGGCGCUGAGGGUCAGCGAAGAUUUGAGAAGAAUUUAUGUGGUUACCAAGGAUGAAAAUUCACUCGUACAGAUUGUUACUGUCAAUUCUUCUAUAUUCAAGACUCACGCUAAAGAGCUAUUUGCUGUUGCCAUGAAAUAUGUUAAGCUUGUUAGUAUUUAGUCUGUUCGUGUGAUUUAUAUACAAAAAUUACAGAGUUGGGAGUUGAUACAGAUUGUGUGGCUACUGUAAAUGUAGUAUACCGGGUGCGCCAUCUUUUAUGUCGGUAUUGAAACAUCUAAUGACUUUGGUAUUUACCAACCGGGUGAUUUGGUUAUACGUGUUUCUGAAACGACAAUUUACUACAAUUUCAGUCAUGAAUCGCUUUACACCGAAACAACGCGCCGAAAUAGUCACAAUGUAUAUUGAAAAUCCUCGUUCAGUUGUGUUUACGCAACGUGCAUAUCGUCGAAAAUAUCGUGGAAAACAGGCAACGUCUGACAACACUAUCCGUCGUUUGGUUUCGAAUUUUUUUGAGUAUGGGACAGUGGGAGAUCGUCAACAUACUGUUAAUCAACGACCAAGACGUUCCAAUGAAUUGGUUGAAGCGGUCAGAGACAGCGUUGCUCAGAACCCAAAAGUGUCGUAUCGUCACCGCGCUCAGCAUUUUGGCAUCAGUGGAACCACGUUGCGGCGCACGUCUCUUGGAAUACGCCCAAACAGUCGCUCGCAUGGUUGAUGCUGAACCUGAUUUUUGGAAGCAAAUCGUGAUGACCGACGAGGCCCAUUUCAAGCUCUCUGGCGGCGUUAAUAAGCAAAACUGCCGCAUUUGGGGGACGGAAAAUCCACAUGAGAUCCAUGAAAUGCCGUUGCAUGACCGGAAAGUGACUGUUUGGGCCGGCGUUUGCGCCAAAACCAUCAUUGGGCCAUUUUUCUUCAACGAAUGGAAAUCGAUAUCGGUGGCUCAUUAUGUCUGCCCACAAAUGCAUGAAAAAGGUCUUGAUGGUCAACAAGACGGUGCGCCAUGCCACACUGCAAAUGAAAAUCCAGUUUCUGCAACGAAAAUUCCCUGGAUGACUGAUGUCAAAAAGAGGUGACAUUGACUGGCCAUCCAGGUCUCCAGAUUUGACCCCAGCGGACUUCUUGUGGGGUUAUUUGAAAAGUCAAGUGUACGCCAGCAAGCCCCACUGAAGAACUCAAGACAAACAUUCGUACCGCAAUCGCCGCUAUACCACCAGACACGUUCGAAAAAGUAAUGGAAAAGGCAGCAAAACGGGCACAUUUAGUUUUGGCCAAUGAAGGCGGCCACUUGAUAGAUGUUGUGUUUAAAUACGAGUCCCAAUAAAUUGUAAAGGACCAUAUUUAAUAAAAAUACCCAAUAUAUAGAAAUCUGUUUUUCGUUUUCAAAGUUAUUUCAUGUUUACAUACCGAUAUAAAAGAUGGCGUACCCUGUAGAAUUUUGUUUUAUCAUACGUUGUUUACAAGUUCGUAUCAAAACAGGUUACUUCAAACCGAUAUAAUAAAUUCGCAUGAUUGAAUAUUCAAACCUUACUAACAUUGCCUUGUGACUUUUAAUGACAUCAUAGAUUAAAAGUUAAAUUUUUCGCUCGAUUCAGUUUUGCGGAUUGGAGCUAAACCAAUUCGUGAAAUUCACUGAUAUAUUAAUUUGUUCACAAUGGCUUCAAAUACAGGAUAUACAAGGCAAUUUAAAAAACAUCUCUAUAAACAUAGGUCCAAAAAUGUCCCAUUACCAAGAUACAGUGUGUUGAAAAUUUCUAGGCCACUGCUAAAUAAAUGGUACAUCUACAUUAAAAAACUCAUUGAUGAAAGAAAAAUCCAGUAAGUAUCGUGUACUUAAGUAAUCUGUUAAAUAAUUGUAUACAAGAGGCUCUCUGGGGUUUCUGUUAAAAAGUGCUAACGAUUGGAGACUUUUCAUAUGCUCUGGUAAUUUAUUAUACAACCUGGGUAACAUAAUUGGGAGACUUUAACGACAGCCUAUAAGUUACAGUAGUUAGCUGGAAUGAUGGUCUCAAAUGCUGGGUACCAGCAGAUUUUUUUGGAGGCUAGAGCAUCUAAAACUUUCUUUGACAUGGACAACACAGUUAUAAACAUACAAUGAGUGUAGAAUCAUUAUUUUCAAUUUUUUGAACAGAUCAACCAAGGAUAAAUAAAAUGGUGCUAAUAAUUUUCUUUUGAAGAAUAAAUACCUUCCUCACUACAACUGUUACCUCAAUAGAUGAUUCUAUAAUUUAGAGCAGAGUAUACAUGCUCAAGAUAACAGCAUUUAUUUACGAUUACGUUAACAUGCUCCUUGCAUGAUAAAUUCUCGCCUAAAUGUAUGCCAAGCAAUUGGACAGAAGCUGUCUGCAUGCUGUGAUCAUUACAUCUUACUUAAAUACAUUAAUCGUCUUUAUGCGUGUUAAAUAGGGC